GUCAUGAGGUGCAUGGUUGAUUUGAUUUGAUUUGAAAACGAGAGAGAGAGAGAGAGAGAGAGAGGACUCUUUUAGCGAAUUGAAGAAGAUCAGCUAAGUUAAGAGUGAUAGACAUACCGUCGUUUUCUCCAGUCGGAGAAAGAGAGAGCAGAGGGGGCUCUCAACUCAAGUCUCAAGGACAAAAGAUUCCAUCUUUUCUCGUUUAGUGCUCAACAACGUGGCAUUACUUUGUUGGAAAAAGCAGCUCAGAAAUAGCUAGAAAAAGCCAAAAGGAUCUUUGUUGAGAGUGUGAAAGAAAGAAAGCAAGAAUGGAUGCCCUGAUAGCCUCAUACGGAGACGCAUCCUCUGAUGACUCAGACACUGACACCCCAAAUCCACCACCACCUCAAACAUCAAACUCUCAAGCCUCCUCAACGACCCUUUUGCCCCCACCUCCUCUCUUCCUUCUCGAACCCCCAAAUUCCCUAGGGAAUAUGGAGUCCCUGCAAAUUGGUCAGGCUGCUAGAGUUAGGACCUUUCCCCAUGUUGAAGGAAACUAUGCUCUGCACGUCUACAUCCCAGUUUACAUACCAUCUACACCAAAGAAGGAUCUGGCCUUAUUUCUGAAGAAGGUCACAUCUCUUCUACCCAGUCUUCAUGUUGUUGAUGUUGAUGUUCCACUUAAUAGUCUGUGCAAAGAUGAUCAAAAACUUGCUGAAGUUGCUUUAGGAAGGGAAUUCCACAUAAGUUUGGGAAGAACUGUCCCAAUCCGGGUACACCAAAUCGAUUCAGUGGUGGCAAUGCUUCGGCAGAAGCUUCAAUUUCAGAGGCGGUAUUUGAUUGAUUUUAGUAAAUGGGAAGUUUUUGUUAAUGAUGAUCAUACACGAACAUUUUUAUCCAUGGAAGUCAUUACAGGAGGAUUGGCUGAGAUAACCAAGCAAAUUCAAGUUGUUAAUGAGGUUUAUAGGCUUCACAAUCUUCCUGAAUUCUAUAAGGAUCCACGCCCCCAUAUAUCCUUAGCUUGGGCAUUGGGUGACGUCAGUGAUUCCCUAAAGAGAAUAGUUGAAGAAGAAAUGAAAAGAGUAAAUGUCAGGGGCUCAUUGCAGAAAUGCAUUUUCACCAGUAAAUUCAGCGGUAUUGAGUGUAAGAUUGGUCAGAAAACAUAUAAGAUAUGCAAAGUUCAAGAUGAUUAAUCGAACCCCGUAAUUAAUAGCGUUCACUGAAGAAUUUCACUUGAGGUGGUGUACCAUGUAUAUGAUGACUUACAUCUGUUACUCCCAUGUUGUCUUGUAUGAAGGAAAUCAUGGAAGAUGGAUAUUUAAAGGAUCAGACUGAAAUGUAAAUUGUUCAGUAUGUAAUUCUACUGGCUUAUCUAGUUGAAGGGAAAAAACGAAAUAUGGCUUUUUGUCUCA